UUAUUAUGUAUGCCAAGAAAGGAAAAGGCAAACACAAUAAGUCAUGGAGUACCAAACACUUUUGCUAGUGAUUACCUUCCUAAGUGCAAGCAUUCUCAUCUUCAUUCUUAGAAAAUUAAACCAAACCCAAAAUCCUACAAAGCUUCCACCAGGGCCAUACCCACUUCCCAUUUUAGGAAACAUUUUAGAACUUGGCAAAAACCCACACAAGACACUCACAAAACUCUCUAAAAUCUAUGGACCAAUCAUGACACUUAAACUAGGAACCAUAACAACCAUAGUAAUCUCAUCACCACAACUAACCAAACAAGUCUUACAUGAAAAUUGCCAAAUCUUUUCUAAUAGAACUGUCCCACAUGCAAUUUGUGCGGUAGAUCAUAACAAAUUUUCAGUUGGGUGGGUUCCAACUUUAGCUUUGUGGAAGAAACUAAGAAAAAUUUGUGCUACCAAAGUAUUUUCUACAAAAAUGUUAGACUCAACAAAAAUCCUUCGCCAACAAAAAUUGCAUGAAUUAUUGGACUAUGUGAAUGAAAAAUGUAAGAAAUGUGAAGUUUUUGAUAUUGGUGAGGUUGUUUUUACAACUGUCCUUAAUUCAAUUUCAAAAACUUUGUUCUCUAUGGAUUUGGCUCAUUCCACACCUGAUGAAAAGUCUCAAGAGUUUAAAAACAUUAUUUGGGGUUACAUGGUUGAAGCUGGUAGGCCUAAUGUUUCAGAUUUCUUUCCAAUUCUUCGUCCAUUAGAUCCACAAAGGGUAAAAGCAAGGAUGGCCAAUCAUAUGAAAAAGGUGUAUAAGAUUUUUGAUGGAAUUAUUGAAGAAAGAAUUUGUUCAAGAGAUUCCAAAGCUGAUUAUGAGGUGUGCAAUGAUGUGUUAGAUUCACUUCUUAAUAACAACAAUCUUGGAGAACCCACUUCUAAAUUGAGCCACAAUGAAAUGGUGCAUCUAUUUCUGGAUUUAUUUGUUGCUGGGGUUGACACUACAUCAAGCACCAUUGAAUGGAUUAUGGCGGAGCUACUACGUUACCCGAAAACAUUAACAAAAGCAAGAAAAGAAUUAUGUAAAGCAAUCGGCAAAGAUGAAAUAAUUGAAGAAUCACAUAUUUCUAAGUUGCCUUUCUUACAAGCAGUGGUGAAGGAAACAUUGAGAUUGCACCCAGCUGCUCCAUUUUUGCUACCACACAAAUGUGAUGAAAAUAUGAACAUAUUAGGCUUCAAUGUGCCAAAAAAUGCACAAUUAUUUGUCAAUGUGUGGGCAAUGGGAAGAGAUCCAACCAUUUGGGAAAAUCCAACUAUGUUCAUGCCUGAAAGAUUUUUGGAGUGUGAUAUUAAUUAUAAGGGUAAUAAUUUUGAGCUUAUACCCUUUGGGGUUGGCAAGAGAAUUUGUCCAGGAUUGCCCUUAGCUCAUAGGACUAUGCAUUUGGUUGUAGCAUCCCUUCUACGCAACUUUGAAUGAACACUUGCUGAUGGGCUAAACCCAGAAGAUAUGAAUAUGGAUGAGCAAUUUGGGAUAACCCUAAAGAGGGCCCAAUCUCUUCGAGUUCAAGCUACUUCAUCGGCAUAGGGGGAUAUGUUUGGAGGGAAAAUGUGAUUAAAUUAAGAUUUGUGUAACCUUAAUGGUUCUAAAUUGAAGUUGUGGUCGUGGACUCGCGAUUGCAAUUACAUUUCAAAUACUUAUUUUGUGAUAAAAUGAAAACAAAUGCAGAUUGCAAUUUAUUUAUUUUUUUACGUAAUUUGCAAUUUAUUGUUGCAGUGUCGUUGUUGAGACCUUUAAAAUUGUUAUAUUGUUGCAUACUACAAUUUGAAAUUGGUCUCAAUUUUUUCUUAAUAUAUUAUAAAUGUGAACAGGUUAAUGUUUUA